GGUACGCCACUAAAUUGGUGUCUAUGUGGGUACUCCGUCGUCGUGCCGUUGGUUCUAUUGUUUAGAUAGAUAUAGACAAACCGCGGCCCGUCGGUAAAUAGAAAUAUUGUAUGUAAAUGUUGAUAGAAGUACGGAAACAGAUGGUGCCGGCAGCAGUACGGCAGUGAAAGAAAGUUGUUCUUGCGUGGAUUUAUGUGAAAAAUAGUCGAAGUGUGUCGUUGCGUCUCUAUUUAUUUUUAUAAGGAUUUAGGAAAAUCAACUGUUGCUGCAUGACGCGAAAAGAUUAAGAAUAAGAACGAAGUGAAUAUUGGAAUGUUUAAACUGUGUAUGUGCUUUUAAUUGUGAACUGUGGAAGUAAUGAAAACCAUCGAUAAACCUGGAUAUACUUGAGGAUUUUGUAUUAAAUAACUUAAGAUUCAAACGGACCACCCACCACAAGACUUUGAAAGAACAUCACAAUCAUUGAAAUUUCAGAACUCGUCCCGAACAAAACGAAGAAAAUCCAAACGCCAACAACAAUGCAUCCAAACUAAACGACUAGAAAAUAUAUGGAGUUAAAAGAAACUGUGAUAAUGGACGUAUCUGACUCAUUCCGUAACGACCAGGAGAUGACCAAAACCGACUUUUUCGAUUUCGUCGUCAAUCCGGACGCUCACGACGCCCAAUCCAUCCAACAAUUCACCAAACAAAUGCGAAACGUCAACGUGUUUCUCAGCAACGGCACCGAAGACGCGACCAGAGAGACCAACAACAAUUUGAUCAUCCCCGACAUGCCCACCACCACUACCACCCCUACCUCAGACACCAUCGCCAAUUUCGACGCCAACCUCGCGAACCUCUGGAACGAAAAAGACACGGUCAAAAUCGAAACUGCCAUUUUAGAAGACUUGAAUAAAUACUGCUGGACCAACGACGAAGUUAAUGGCGUAGUACAAAUUAAGCAACAAAGUAGUAGUAGUAGUAAUAAUAAUAACAAUACCGAUGGGCAAAUUUAUACGACGCUUACGGUACUUAAUGGGUUGGAACAAAAUCCUCCCUGGUACCGUCAACCUUUGUCGGUUAAAGAAGAAGACGUAUCAAUGUCUAGUCCUACAGAAAUGGAACACCUCCAAGGCGGCUUAGAUAUUGAUUCAAUUUUAAGUAUAAUACCUGGUCAAAUAAACGCAUUUAACAGUCCCUAUAACGAUGGUACGAUGAGUCCUAACACUGAUGGACUUAUCAAAUCUGAAACGUAUACUUAUGAAGAUAGUGGGUUUGCUGAUAACAAAGAAGAACUUGCAAACUCACUUAUUAUAGAUACUCCUCUUUUAGAAGCGCACGAUAGCUUUAAUAAUAAUAACAACGACUGGAAACUAACUAACAAUAAUACUCAAACUAAUGGCUCUCCUGAUUCGCUACUACGCAGCGCUUUGCAAGGAAAAGCGAUAGUGCGUUACAACGGAGCUGUAAAAUCCAAUAAAGUAGCGGAAAAUAAUGCGGAACUUCGUAGGUGUCUUUCCGCUUCCCCAACGAAAACAGAAACGAUCUAUUUAACAAAGGAUGAACCCGAUCAUAUACCCACAAUAGUCGCCGGAAUCGAUGCAAACGGAAAAGUAGUUUUCGAAGAACAAAUCAGUUCACGGAAUCUAGAAACGGUACCGGAAAACCCGACGAGCACACACGACGUAGACGAUCUCUUGCUCAGCCAAUUGGAUUCUCCUUAUUCCGAUUUCGAAAAGCUCAAAAGAAUAGCCAACGAGGUGGCGGAAUCAGUCAAUCAGUAUUGCAUCGAUACUUCUUCUACAGACAACAACGUGCAAGCGAGUAUCAGUUCGGCAGAUCAAAUAGGUAUUUUAUACAACAUCGCAUCACCGAUUCAAAUCACCGCUCCAGUGGUUACGAGCUCCAAGUCCACCAAGAAAUACAAACGAUCGAACAGCGGUUCCAAUAAAGCUCAAACGAACCUGCAAAACGCCACGUCGACGAGCAACGGCGUGCGGAAAGAACGAUCCUUGCACUACUGCAGCAUCUGCUCGAAAGGCUUUAAAGAUAAAUACUCGGUAAAUGUUCACAUCAGAACGCAUACGGGCGAAAAACCGUUUGCCUGUAGUUUAUGUGGGAAAACGUUUAGGCAGAAAGCACAUUUGGCUAAACAUUAUCAGACGCAUAUUGCUCAGAAAAACGCUGCCGCGGCUGGUAAUGUUUCCUCCACUAAAACGAAAGCGAGGUAGCUUAUCGGCAAUAGGGAAUUUGUGAUGAUUAAUUGAUCGAGGAUUUGUGGUAUUAUGCUGAAUGAAUAUUUAGGAAGAGUAGUAGAAAUUCGAAAGGGGAUUAGAUGUAAUUAUAUUAUGCUCCUUCGAUCCAUAAAUAUUUGAUUUGAUAUCUACUCAAUGUGAUAGAUAGAUCUCGAGUCGAAUAAAUGCAUAGAUUGUAGAUUGUGAGGGGAGUCGUUUUGGCUUUCCAGCAGCUCAGCACUACUACCUUUGCAGAUAUUUUGUACGUGACUCUGCACCUUUUAUUGUCUCCAGGAAACGUAGACUUCUGCCGAAGGAAGCUAUUUUUCUGGGUGUCAAUUGGCCCACUCGAGGAAUUUGAGCCUCUUACAGAAUUGGGCGGGACAUUCGCAGACCAGGUUUUCUAUGGUCUCUAUAGCGUCUGAGCAGAAUCUGCAGAGAUCGUCUUCUGCUCUGCCCAUUAACCCUAAGUGGUAUUUCACCAGACAGUAUCCUGUGUGCAGUCCUACGACCAUUCUGAUGUCUGAUCUGCUCAUGUUUAGGAACUGUUCAGCUCUUUUUGCUGAAAAGGUGAUAAACUUUUUUAACUGUCUGAGUCCCGGAGUGCGUGCCUCUAGUAUGAUGACAGUUGGUCUUUCUUCCAUUUGUUGAGUUCUUCCAUGAUGUGGCUUUUCAUUGAGCCAAAAUAGGGCUCUGGUCCAUGGUAUCGUGUUGAGGCCCCUUCUUUUACGAGGCCAUCUGCUUCUAUGCCUCGAUGACCAGGCAGCCACAUCAGCGUUCCCUGGUUGUCUGUCGUCCGUGUUUUUAGGGUCUGUUUACACUCCCAGACUAUAGUUUUGAGGUGCAUUUGUAAGCCUUUAGACUUUUAAAGCAGCUUGGCUAUCUGAUAGUAUGAAGAUGUGUUUUCCUUUGAGGCUUUGGUUGAGACACUCUUAUGCACAUAUAUUUACGUCAAAGGUCGGCUUGAAUAUUCUAAGAUGUUUGCCAAUGCCUUAGAGACCCUAAAGUUAGGGCCGGAAAUGCCCAGUCC